AAAAUGAUAAUAUUAAAAAUAUUCGUUUUUAUUGGAUUUUAUUAUUUAGUUAAAUCAAAAAACGUUUUUAUGCAUAACUUGCCUUUGGGAGAAUAUCGUACAGUGUUUGAGAGAUUAUAUUCUUGUCCAUCGACAAAUUUAAUUCAAUGGAAUGCAUAUCUCAGUAAAAGAACAUCAAAUGUAACAGAUGUAAUAGGAAAUAUUACAUUAUUGACACCUUUUAACGAUAGUCUUAUACUUGAUGUAAACGCUGCAUCUUGGAGUAUAACUGGUGGUUGGAAACCAAAUUCAAUGGUUUAUGUAUCAAAAAAUGCAUGUAGUAAUUUGAAAAAGGUUACAGGAAACGCUUGGUAUUCAGUAAUUAAGGCCUUUAACAUUCCUAGAACUAGCUGUCCAAUUCCUUCGGGUACAUACGUAACAUCAGGGAUGGAUUUUAAGGAAUUUGAAGGUCAUAACUUUCCAAAGGUGUAUUUUUAUGGAAAAUAUAAAGUGACUUUUAAGAUAAAAAAUGUAGAAAAUGAAGUUUUUUGUUGUGCUAUAAUUGAGUUGACUCUUAUACGUCCAUGGGAAAAACCAAUUUGA